CUCCGAUCCAUAUCUCGCUUUCGGAUAGAAUAGCUAGGAAUCAAAAGCUUGUCUGCAACUAUUUGUUUCUGGGAUGCACAAAUGCACAAGUAUUGGAGCUCAUGUUUCUCCUUCAAUAAGGAUUAAAAUGGAUCUGAGAAAUGAGCGUCUUUGGAUGUAUAAUCGAGUCAAACCUGGAAGAAAGGGAUUGACAGAUGAAUUUAAGGUUGGAGUAGAUCAAUUUGUGAAUUUUGCUUGCGCACAAGUUACGUUUGUUGAGAACGGUGUAAUUAGAUGCCCGUGUACCAAAUGUAGAAAUCAAUGCUACAAGAAUCCCAAAGAUGUAAAAGUCGACCUUUAUAAGUGGGGGUUCGAAUCAAACUAUUGGCACUGGACUUGUCGUGGGGAAGAGGUCCCAUUUUUCACUCAAAGUGUGAAUGAUGUGUCACAUAUGGGAGGUGAAGGGAAUAACAUGUAUGAUAAUUUUGAAAUGAGCUCAACACCUACUCAUCAAAAUGGAGAGUUUGAAGGGCCGCAUGAAAGUGCACAAAAAUUUUAUGAGUUACUCGAUUCUGCACGACAACCAGUAUGGUCAGGAUGUACAACAGAUACUGAAUUAUCAUUUACAUUGAAGAUGAUGAGUAUAAAAUCAUCAUAUAACACUGCACAAAAGGCCAUGGAUGAGAUGUUAGAUGCAUGUAGUCGAGCAAUGCCACUACCAAACAAGGUACCGUCCAAUUUUUAUCAAGCUGAGAAAUUGGUCUCUAAACUUGGUCUCGGUCAUGUGAAAAUUGAUUGUUGUAUUAAUGGUUGCAUGUUGUAUUACAAAGAGGAUAUUGAAUUGGAACAAUGCAAAUUUUGCGGUAAGCCACGUUACAAAGAAAGUACAAAAACCAGUCAAAAGUUCCUCGGAAAAGGAUGCAUUACUUACCUCUAAUUCCAAGACUUCAAAGGUUAUAUGCAUCGCCGAGCUCAGCUAAGCAUAUGAGGUGGCAUGCUGAAAAUCAUCAUGACAUCGGCAUGAUGUGUCAUCCAUCAGACGGUGGAGCAUGGAAACAUUUUGAUAAAACCUAUCCCGAUUUUGCUUCAGAACCACGUAUUCUCAGGCUCGGCUUGUGUUCGGAUGGUUUCUCUCCUUUUGGUAUGUCCUCUAAGUCAUAUUCAUGUUGGCCCAUAAUCGUUACUGUGUACAACCUUUCACCGUCAAUGUGUAUGACAACCCCGUAUAUGUUUUUGAGUUCUAUAAUUCCUGGUAAAAAUAACCCAAAGGCUCAAAUCGAUGUAUACUUACAGCCACUAAUUGAUGAAUUGAAAUCUUUGUGGGAAAUAGGGGUUGUCACUUAUGAUGUGUCGUUAAAGCAAAACUUUGUGAUGAAGGCAUCUUUAAUGUGGACAAUAAGUGACUUUCCGGCGUAUGGGAUGCUAUCAGGUUGGCAAACUACAGGGAAAUUAUCUUGUCCAUAUUGUAUGAAAUCCUCACAAGCUUUUUGGUUAAAGAAUGGAGGAAAACAUUCAUGGUUUGAUUGUCAUUGCCAAUUCUUGUCUAUGAAUCAUCCUUUUAGAAAAAACAAAAACGAUUUUCUAAAAGGAAGGGUUGAAAAGUCAUAUCCUCCUUGUCUAUUGUGUGGUGAAGAAGUGUUGGAGCGUGUGUCAUACAUUCCAAAGAUCACCGAACAACCCAAUUUAAAGAUGCCAGGAUAUGGGGCAACACACAAUUGGACCAAAAGGAGUGUAUUUUGGGACUUAUCAUAUUGGAAAGAUAAUCUUAUCCGACACAAUCUUGAUGUCAUGCACAUUGAGAAAAAUGUGUUUGAUAAUGUGUUUUUCACUAUCAUGGACAUCAAAAGGACCAAUAAGAACAAAGAUGGUGUAAAAUCGAGGAUGGAUUUAAGGGAACACUGCUUGCGACCAGAACUGGAACUAAGUGUAGAUAAUGGUGGAAAGGUUUUGAAGCCAAAGGCAAGUUUUACAUGCAAUGAUGAUCAACGGAGGGCGGUGUGUGAGUGGUUACAUAACAUUCGAAUGCCAGAUGGAUAUGCAGGAAAUUUAUCUAGUUGUGUUGAUCUAAAAGAAUAUGGUUCGUACUACUAAUGAGAGACAAGUUGGGAACACUUUCAGCCAACUAGCUCUGCCACCGCCUCUUAAUACAAGACAUUUAUGGCUUCUCCGUGAGGGUAGACCAUUCAACUCAUCUUCACCUAAUAAUACAAGUUCUUCAAGCGCUUCUCUAUCGAGUCAACCCGAAUCUCCAAAUAGCACAUCUACCUUGAGUGAGCCAAACCAAUCCCCACCCUCAGAAGUUAAGAAAGAGAUCGCUCCUGAUGGGAAAUCCGGAUUCAUUCCAUGCUCGGCAAACAGAUAUGUUAUGCCAUGCCUUAAGAAAAAAAUUGAUGAGCCAAUUCUCUCUUAUAAAGAAGCCUCGCCCGAAUUACAAAAUAUUUGGCUUAAUUUAUUUAAGGAAAGGUAUACAUGGAGGCCGGAACAUGAAUAUCGCAUCCAGAAAAACUUUAAUAGUAAAGGUUCAGCUGGGCUUUCACAUGCUCUGUCUGCUGUCCGAAAGUAAAAAAAAAUAAAACCAAAUUGGAUAAUCAAGUCACUAUGGACUCAAUUGCUUGUCAAAUGGGGUGACAUAAAGUACCUACAAAAGUGUGAAACUAAUCAGAAAAAUAGAUAUUCUGAUGUUGGAAUCACCUUGCACAUGGAGGGUUCCAUUCCCAUUACUGAACACAUUCCAAGAUAUGAGGAAAACAUGGUGUGUCUGCAGAACCAGAUAAGAUGUAUUUACAAACACAUGCGAAGAAAGAAGACGGUUCAUUUGUCACCCCCAAAGCUAAGCAAGUCUAUGUUUAGGAAUCCUAGGAGGAGCUGAAGUCAAAAGACACAAAUGCUAAUUCUAAAGAAUUGCUGUUAGAGGCUACUGGCGGACAUAAAAGGGGCGGAAAAGUUUCAAGCUUUGGUUCUGCCAGCAAUUACUACUUCCCAAGUACGUCUACUACUGAAGUUCCUUCACAACCCUCAUAUGAUGAAACAGUAUGGAAACAUCAUUUAGCUGAAGUUGAAAAGGCCCACAAAGAGCUGAUAGAAUCCAACAAAGAGCUGAUACAAUCAAACAAAGAGCUGAUACAAUUCAAGGAAUCUGCAUCAGUCACUAUUGAAAAAAUGCUACGCUCUAUGAAUAUGUGUCAACAAUCACCGCAAGGUACCUUUAGAAAUGUGUUUCCAUCCCAAAGUAUGCAUCACAGUUCAAUCAUGGGUUUUCUUCCUCACCAACAACCUAGUUACAUCAAUGUUCUUCCUCAACAAUCUCAAUUCGAACCUUUCAUGAGUAUGUUAAUGCCACAAACUUCACAAGUAUUCAAUACAAAGAAUAAUGGCCCGAAUCAGGAAGACAAUGGAUGCCAAAACGAGGAAGAUGAACAUGUUUAGUCUUUGUAUUCAAAUCAAUAUAUUCAGCUUUUGUGAUUCAGUAUGUGCUUUUUAAGGUCUUCAAGAAUGACUUCAUCACUGUAUUUUGGAUUUCUUUUGGUUAAGUAUACAGUUUGGAUUUCUUUUGGUUAAAGUAUGCAAUUGCUAUCAUGUACUGCGUAUGUUGGUAUAAUUUAAAUUGUGGUAUUUGAGAAAUGCUUUGACAGGGAUC